AUGAAGUUCAAUCUGGUGCUAGUUACUAUAGUAGCCACCAUUUUUGGAAUUGGGCUUGAAGGAUGCCAUUGCAAGAUUGUGCAGUUCAUUUUUGGAGACUCACUCUCGGAUGUUGGAAAUAACAAGUAUCUGUCUAGAAGCCUUGCUCAGGCAAGCUUACCUUGGUAUGGUAUAGAUAUGGGUAAUGGGUUACCUAAUGGAAGGUUCACUAAUGGUCGCACAGUUUCUGAUAUUAUAGGUGACAAGUUGGGCCUCCCAAGGCCUCCUGCAUUCCUGGACCCAUCUUUAACCAAAGAAAUUAUACUAGAAAAGGGAGUGAACUAUGCUUCUGGGGGUGGCGGCAUCUUGAAUGAAACUGGCACCUAUUUUAUUCAAAAGUUAUCUCUGGACAAACAAAUUGAGCUGUUUCAGGGGACACAACAACUAAUUAGAGGCAAAAUUGGAAAAAAGGGGGCAGAAAAGUUUUUUCGGGAAGCUAAUUAUGUUGUUGCUUUAGGGAGCAAUGACUUCAUCAACAACUACUUAAUGCCGGUUUAUAGUGAUUCAUGGAAAUACAAUGAUAACACCUUCAUGGACUACUUAAUUGGAACACUAAGAAGACAACUGAAGCUACUUCAUAGUUUAGGAGCAAGGCAACUCGUGGUUUUUGGGCUGGGUCCAAUGGGCUGCAUUCCCCUUCAAAGGGUGCUUAGUACAACUGGGAAUAAUUGUCGAGAAAAAGCAAACAAACUGGCUCUUAGCUUUAACAAAGCUACAAGUGAAUUAGUUGAUGACUUGGUGAAGCAACUUCCCGAUUCAAGUUAUCUAUUUGGAGAUGCAUAUGAUGUUGUUUAUGAUGUGAUUAGCUAUCCAAUUAAGUAUGGAUUCCAAAACGCAGACUCACCCUGUUGUUCCUUUGGGAGUAUUCGACCCUCCCUUACAUGCACACCUGCAUCAACACUGUGCAAAGAUAGAAGCAAAUAUGUGUUUUGGGAUGAGUACCACCCAACAGACAGUGCUAAUGAGCUAAUUGCAAAUGAGCUCAUCAGGAAAUUUGGAUUUUCACGUGUUGAUGAAACGGGUGUUCCUUCACCAGCACCUGCUGUUGCUCCAUCUCCAGAAUACUAA